AGUACCAUAAACCAUUCGGUCACUGUAUAUUGUCGAUCUCUCGGUGUCUUCACGCAGUGGAACCCUUAAUUGUAAAAAUGGGCAGAAAGUUCUUCGUCGGUGGUAACUGGAAAUGCAAUGGAACCACUGAGGAGGUGAAGAAGAUUGUGACCACAUUGAAUGAAGCUGAAGUUCCAUCGGAAGAUGAUGUUGAGGUUGUGGUCAGUCCUCCUUUUGUGUUUCUUCCUUUGGUCAAAACCUUAUUGCGUCCUGAUUUCUCUAUUGCUGCCCAGAACUGUUGGGUUCGAAAAGGAGGUGCUUUUACUGGUGAAAUUAGUGUUGAGAUGCUGAUAAAUUUGGGCAUUCCAUGGGUCAUCCUUGGCCAUUCGGAGAGAAGACAACUACUGAAUGAAUCAAAUGAUUUUGUAGCAGAUAAAGUUGCAUAUGCACUUUCCCAAGGCAUAAAAGUCAUUGCUUGUGUUGGAGAGACUCUUGAGCAGAGAGAAUCAGGGGCUACAAUGGAAGUAGUUGCCGCCCAAACAAAAGCAAUUGCAGAGAAGGUCUCAAAUUGGUCCAGCAUUGUUUUGGCUUAUGAGCCUGUUUGGGCCAUUGGUACUGGAAAGGUCGCCACUCCUGCUCAGGCUCAAGAAGUUCAUUCUGAACUGAGAAAAUGGCUUCAUGACAAUGUUGGCCCAGAAGUUGCUGCUUCUACUAGGAUCAUCUAUGGAGGUUCUGUCAAUGGAGCAAACUGCAAAGAGUUGGCAACAAAGCCUGACGUGGAUGGGUUUUUGGUUGGUGGUGCCUCUCUAAAGCCCGAGUUCAUUGAGAUUAUCAAGUCUGCAACUGUGAAACAGAGCACUUGAAGAUGAUUGCAGGUAUAUGGAUACACGCAAGUGAUGCUUUUACCGUUGUUUUUGCUACAGGAAUGUGUUUCUGGUUUGUGUUUGACCCAGGGUUUCUUGUCUUGUAAAAUAAACGAGAGAUAUUUACUAAGCUCGUUCUUUUGAUCUAAUGAAAAAACUAUUAUUAACUUCAUCUA